GCUUCGUCGCGACUUUGCGGGGCAUUCACCUAUUGGCCAUGAAAAGUGUCAAUCGAGUAACGGACGUGCUCGAGGAUGGGUGACGGAGACGAGAUGACGAUUGUUGAUGGCGGUUUAGCGACCGAGCUCGAGGCGGCAGGCCUGGAUUUGCAGGAAGAUCCAUUGUGGAGUGCCAGAGUAUUGCAAACUAAUCCACAGGCAAUCAAAAAUGUGCACGCAAGGUACCUUUGUAGUGGCGCUGAUGUAAUUACUACAGCCACAUACCAGGCGACUGUGGCAGGAUUUGUUAAGUAUCUUAGUUUGAAACCAGAGGAGGCAGCCCUGCUCUUGCAGUCAGGAGUACAACUUGCUAAAGAGGCGGUUGAUGAGUUUCUCUCAGAAUCUAGAAGUUCAGAAAGGGGAAAGCCCCUCAUUGCAGGUUCCAUGGGGCCUUAUGGAGCUUUUCUGCAUGAUGGUUCUGAAUAUUCAGGAAACUAUGUCGAAUGGAUGACUAAAGAGGAAUUAAAGGCUUGGCAUCGACCUCAGAUGCAGUAUUUGGUAACUGCAGGAGUGGAUCUCAUUGCAAUGGAAACAAUUCCCAGUCAGAAAGAAGGAGAAGCUUUGGUGGAACUUCUUAGAGAAUUUCCUAACGCUAAAGCCUGGCUGUCAUUUUCCGUCAAGGAUGAGCAAUGUAUUUCCCAUGGAGAGAAGUUUGAUGACACACUGAAAUUUGCAAUUAAAUCUGAUCAGCUGGUAGCUGUAGGAUUAAACUGCUGCCCCCCUGAUAUAGUUAGUCCACUCCUUAAUACUAGCAACAAAAAUAGAGGACCAGAAAGAGGAUGGAUUGUAUAUCCCAACAGUGGGGAAAGAUGGAAUCCUAAUACACGCUGGGAAAACAGGCCAGUCAAUAAUCAACUUGCAAAAUUUGCAUUGGAAUGGAAAGAACUUGGGGCUAAAUGGAUUGGUGGCUGCUGCAGAACUACUCCAGCAGAUAUAGCAGAGCUACGAGAAACUCUAAUGUGACGUAUUCAGUUUUAAUGAGCUUCAAAUUUUGGCAAGAGGAAUGUGAAUGCUGUUAACUUUUGUUGCCAUUAUCACCUAUUACAGUUUGUUAAAUACCGUACAUACCAUUAGCCUAUUAAGUAUUAAAUAAACUGGUUGCUUGGUGAGUUUA